UAAUUUCAAAACAUUAUUUGAGGUUAUGUUACGAUCUUAAUUUGAAUUUCUUGGACAUUAAAGCCGCAAGAUUGUUUAUAAUUGAAUCAAUAGUAUUUUUUCAUGAUAGAGAAAUGUCUUCAAAGCGUACUGUUUACGUUGGAGGCUUGGCUGAAGAGGUAGAUGAAAAAGUAUUGAACGCUGCAUUCAUCCCUUUUGGCGAUAUAGUGGAUAUUCAAAUUCCUUUGGAUUAUGAAACCGAAAAACAUAGAGGUUUCGCCUUUAUCGAAUUUGAAAAUGGGGAAGAUGCAGCUGGAGCUAUUGAUAAUAUGAACGACUCUGAAUUAUUUGGAAGAACAAUAAGAGUUAACUUAGCUAAACCUCAAAGAAUUAAAGAAGGGUCAACACGACCUGUUUGGUCUGAAGAUAGCUGGUUGCAAACUCAUGCUGGAGAGACAUUGAAGAAGAAGGGUGAUGAUCCUGAUGAUGAAGCUAUGGAAACCUCAAAUGAAAAACAAGAUGAAACAUCCAAGGUUAAGAAUCCACAGGUUUAUCUUGAUAUAAAAAUUGACAAAAAGGAAGUAGGUAGAAUAACUAUUCUCUUGAGAGCAGAUGUGGUCCCCAAAACUGCAGAAAACUUUAGGUGCCUAUGUACUCAUGAAAAAGGAUUUGGAUAUCAAGGAAGUACAUUCCAUAGAGUUAUACCUGGUUUUAUGUGCCAAGGUGGUGAUUUCACACACCAUAAUGGAAGUGGUGGAAAGUCAAUAUAUGGUAGAAAAUUUGAAGAUGAAAAUUUUGAACUUAAACAUGUUGGACCUGGAACAUUAUCGAUGGCCAAUUCUGGUCCCAACACCAAUGGUUCACAAUUUUUUAUUUGUACAGAAAAAACAGAUUGGUUAGAUGGUAAACAUGUGGUAUUUGGUCAUGUAAUAAGCGGAAUGGAUGUUGUGAAGAGAAUGGAGAGAAGUGGUACAAAGUCAGGAAAACCUACAGAAAGAAUAGAAAUUUCUGGAUGUGGUGAAGUUUCUUAGGUUUAUGCCAUUGAAUUUACUACUGGAAUUAUCAAUAAUAAUAAAAUAAUUUACUUAAUAA